CGUGACUCUUCAGAAAGUGACAAACUGAGAAACCAGUAAGCCAGAAAGAAAAAUGAGUGCCUUGGGAAAUCUUGUAAUAAUUUUCUUAAGCUUUCUGGGUCUGUGUUUUCUAUGGACUUUCAUCAAAGUGGUUCACAAACUAUGGUGGCGUCCUACUCGUAUGCAGAAGCUGAUGCGUUCACGAGGAAUCAAAGGCCCUUCUUACAGAUUCAUCCAUGGAAAUACCAAAGAAAUUUUGUAUAUGAAAAACAAAGCUAUGGAAAAACCCAUGAGUUUAUCCCACAACAUAUUGCCAACGGUUCAGCCUCACAUUGCUUCUUGGGUCAAAAUAUACGGAAAGAAUUAUCUGCAAUGGUAUGGAACAGAAGCUCAACUCGUUGUUACAGAACCAGAAAUGAUAAAAGAGAUACUUAAUAAUAUACACGGAGCUUUCCCAAAAUUCGAGUUACAUCCCUUGAUAAAGAAGAUAAUAGGAGAUGGUAUUAUAAACAGUGAAGGUGAGAAAUGGGCAAAAUACAGGAAAUUGUCCAAUCAUGCCUUUCAUGGAGAGAGUUUGAAAGGUAUGAGUCCUGCAAUGAUCACUAGCGUCGAGAAUAUGCUGGAAAGGUGGAAAUCAUACGAAGGUAAAGAGAUCGAAGUUUAUGAAGAAUUCAGAUUGUUUACUUCCGAUGUGAUUUCGAGAACAGCAUUUGGGAAUAAUUACCAAAAAGGGAAGAACAUUUUUGAGACGCUGGUGAGGUUGACCGUAUUAGCAGCGGAUAAUAUUUACAAUCUAAGAUUUCCUGGCAUCAGCGAAUUCUUCAAAACCGACAACCAGAUUGAAUUAGACAUGCUUGAUUCACAAGUUCGCAAUGACAUUAUAGAGGUGAUCAAGGAAAGAGAAAGGAAGGUGAUAACUGGAAAAGAAGACAAUUUUGGGAGUGAUUUUCUUGGAUUACUUUUGAAGGCUCACCAUAAUGCUGCCGACAACGAGAGGAUUUCAAUAAAAACUGUGGUCGAUGAAUGCAAAACAUUUUAUUCAGCUGGACAAGAAACCACUAAUUCUUUACUCGCCUGGGUUGUUUUACUUCUAGCAAUCCACAAAGAUUGGCAAGAAGAACUUAGAAAUGAGGUGUUCAAUUUAUUUGGGAAACAAAACCCAAAUCCAGAUAACUUUGCCAAAUUAAAAAAGAUGGGCAUGGUCUUCAAUGAAACUCUGAGAUUAUAUCCUCCUUCAAUUAGUUUGAAAAGAAAAGUUGAAAGGGAAGUUAGAGUGGGGAAGUAUAUUCUUCCUGCUAAUCUGAAUCUGUUUCUCUCAGCUUUACCAGUUCACCAUGACUCUAAAAUUUGGGGAGAAGAUGUUCAUGAAUUCAAACCAGAGAGAUUCUCACAAGGGGUUGUUGGGGCUACCAACAACAACCCAGCUGCAUUUUUCCCCUUUGGAAUGGGACCACGAAAUUGUGUGGGGUCUAACUUUGCCAUCAUUGAGUCAAAGAUCGCUCUUUGCAUGAUUCUUCAACGCUAUAGCUUCACUCUUUCUCCAACCUAUGUCCACAUGCCCUAUCAUCUCGCUACUACUCGUCCAAUGUAUGGAAUUCAAGUAAUACUGGAACCUCUUUAAAGAAUAGACUUGAACCAUGGUAUGACAAAAAGCCAAUUGGCACUAUUUGUUCUUAAACAAUAUUUAUUUUUGAAAUUUGAUCUUUAAACUUUUCUUUUUGUUUGGCACUUUAAUUUUUAAAUUUUAGUUUUUUUACAAUUUGAUCCUUAAAACUAUUUUUAGUUUAACUUUUAAUAAUUUUGAGGUGUGCAAUGCAUUUGGUAUAAUAUGUAUUUUCCACGAGAUAGCUUAAUUUUGUAAUUUUGUUUUAUUCAUAGAGCAGUAUAAUAUGUAUUUUCCACGAGAUAGCUUAAUUUUGUAAUUUUGUUAUAUUCAUAGAGCAAUAAAUGUACUGCAUACCUCAAAAUUGUUAAAAAUUAUAUUAAUAAUAGUUUUAAAGGAUUAAAAUGUCAAAAAAAUGUUCAAUAACAAAAGUACAUAUGUGAGAAAAGUUGAGGGACUAUAACAAGGCCAGCAACCCACGAUGCUAUUGAAGAUUUUGUUGAAUAAAGGAUGUUUAUAUGGUCAUGAGCUAGGGUUGCUAUAUCUUAGAUCCAGAAAAUAAUUAUCAGUUUAUCUAGUCUAAUGAUUCUACAUUAUAUAUAUAUAUAUAUAAAUUAUUGUCAUGUUUAGCUAAAUAAAGGAGGUUUACAUGGGCAAGAGCUAGGGUUGCUAUAUCUUAGA